UUAACCCCCCAACCCCCGGUUCCCCUCCUCUUGGGCACCAGGCUCUUUGGGUGGGCGGGGGACGGGGUGGGCAAGCCAGCCUCAGGACCUUCCCCUGGGACCGGCUCUGGCUCUUGGGCCACUGCCUCUGGGACAAUCGUGUCAUCCCCUGUCCCCAAAAUGGGGGCCUGGGUAUCCCCAGUGCCUCCCUGUUCCCCAGCUUUCUCCCGGAGGGCUGAUCCUCUGUCCCUCUCCCCCAUGUCCGUCCCCAGAGCCCUUGCCCUGACCGGGCCUCCAGCCGUCUCCCGGCCUCCCAUUUGCCCACAAUGGAUGCGUCCAUCCGGAUGCCUCCCGCCCUGCUCCACAACGGUCCGUGGUUCCCUGGUGACCUCGCCUUCAUGCAGAGCUGUGUCUCGCUUCUCAGCCUUGGCCUCCACCCCCCAUUCGGCUGACUUUCUCUAAAAGAGCAACCCCCCCUCUGUUCCCCCUCCCUCCCCUGCUGGGGUUUUCUCACUGGCCUCGGAAGCACCUGACAUGCUCUGUCUUCUUUGCGGAUUGUCUGUCUCCCCUACUGGCAUGUCAGCUCCAAGAUGUGUUCUGUUCACUGCUAUGAACAGUACCCAGGAUACAGUAAGUGCUCAGUAGCAUUCACUGAAUGAAUGAAGAGUGAACUUCUAUUCAUUCCUCAAAACCCAGCGCAAAUGCCCCCUACUCCCUGGCCAGCUUGGCGUCUGGGGGAGCCAACUGGAAUGGCCUUCCCCUGUCAGGACCUUGGCUUCCCCCACCCCUGUCACCACCUGUGUGUCUGAGAGGAAAUUUCUGUGGCCCCAGCUGAUAAACAUAGUAGUGGUGGCCACUGAGCACCUGCUGUGUGCCCGUCGCUGUGCAAUGCUCUCUACUUGGCUUCCCUCCUUGCCCCGUGAGAGCCCCAUCAGGUAAGUCCUGGUGUCACCCUUCUACAGCUAGGGAAACUGAGGCCCCGAGAAGGGGAGGCCCUUGCUGGUGUCCUGUGAGGGGAAGUGGACCCAGGCCCGUGGCCACCCCACACACACACCAGCCUUCCUCCCCGUGCCCGCCCUCUGCAGCCCAGAGCAGCCAGUGCCCGGGCGGGAGGGGCCGCCUCAAUUAAUCACCUCGCGCUAAUCUUCCCCUCGCUGGACCCCAGCCUGCUCCCCGCCCCAUCGGGCAGGGCCAGGCCAGCAGCAGACGGGGUGCUGGGCCCGCUGGGGCCGGAGCUGCGUGGAUACUGGGGCCGUCGCGGGGCUGCUGGGGGCGGUGAGUACAGGGCAGGUGGGCACAGUGGCAGCUGGAGGUCCAGAGAGGCCCCACCCCGGGACGGAGGACAGUGCGGCAGCCUCCCAGCCUCCUGUCUUCCUGGGGGUCCCAGGCUCACAGAGGGAUGGACAGACAGACCGACCAAAGCUGAGCUGUAGGUCGAUGGAGGCCGUCGGGGAGGGCUCAGGCGGGGAAGCGGGACUAGAGGUGGAAGGACAGACGCACGGAGAGCAGACGGACAGACGGACAGCAAGAGCAUCCCGAGGGCCAGGGGGGCGGGGAGGCGGAAGGAAGGUGCAUCUCCCCCUCCCGCCCCGGCCCAGCGGAUGCCGGGGGCUCCCCUGCGCUCCCCGGCCGGCAGUCCCUGCUGCUGUCUCACCGCCUUCCGUCCUGCUGCCGCCCGGCCAGGUGGGGCGAGGAGAAGCCAUGUUCCUGAGCCCCGGCGAGGGGCCGGCGGCGGAGGGCGGGGGGCCGGGCCCGGGCGAGGAGGCCCCCAAGAAGAAGCACCGGAGGAACCGCACGACCUUCACCACGUACCAGCUGCACCAGCUGGAGAGGGCCUUCGAGGCCUCCCACUACCCAGACGUUUACAGCCGCGAGGAGCUGGCGGCCAAGGUGCACCUGCCCGAGGUGCGCGUGCAGGUGUGGUUCCAGAACCGCCGGGCUAAGUGGCGCCGCCAGGAGCGUCUGGAGUCAGGCUCCGGGGCUGUGGCAGCCCCAAGGCUCCCCGAGGCCCCAGGACUGCCGUUUGCCCGCCCCCCAGCCAUGCCACUGCCCCUGGAGCCCUGGCUGGGCCCCGGGCCCCCGGCCGUUCCAGGCCUCCCGCGCCUCCUGGGCCCAGGCCCGGGGCUGCAGUCACCCUUUGGGCCCCAUGCCUUUGGUCCAGCCUUCACGGAGGGCUUCCCCCUGGAGGAGGCAUCCUUGCGGCUGCUGGCCAAGGAGCACGCACAGGUUCUGGACAGGGCUUGGCCCCCAGCCUGAGUGGGGCCCACCCAGCCCUGUCUUCUCCGCCUGUCCGUGGCCACCCGUGCUGGAGCCCCCACCCCCAGCCGGCCCUGCGGGGAGACGGGCACCGUCUCAGGAACAAGAUGGCCUGACCCCAGGCCUCGGUCUCCCCGUCCGCCAGACUGGCGUGGGGUGCACGGUGAGGCUCUGGGAAGCGAGGCCAUGGCGAGCCGCACUCCUGCACCCGCGUCCCCUGCCCGCGCUCGCCCUUCACAGCUGAGCCCCAGCCCUUGGGCCUCCUGCCCGCAGAGAAACGCCCGCUUUCACUCCGUGCGCCCACCGGGGCCCGUCGCUUCACCCCUCACACGGCUGCUCUGUGGGGGAGGAAACCGAGGCCCAGAGAGACCAGGCUUGCCGACCAGCCUUCCCAGAACUCAGAUGGACCCCAGGACAAGGAGGCCGCGGAGGGCAAGGAACAGGGUGCGACCAGGCUUGGGACUGGCCUAGUGUCCGCACGACAGGGGACCUCCCCAUCGGACGCGGCAGCCGGGGUCAGGACAGAGGGGAGGGGCUAAGGGCAGAAGCUGCAGGCGACCAGCACCCUGUGCAAGCUCGGUCCGUGAAGGGACCACAGGCGCACUGCUGGGUCCCCACGCCAGCACAUACCCGCUGGGGUUCGAGCGGGUCUGCUCAGCUCAGCUCAGCUCACUUGGCAUCUCAUACAGGAGUCCCAUGGCCGCGUGUUCUUUACGUUGUGGCAGCUGGGCCGCUCACCCGUCCG